CUGUGUGCCGAAGUCUGCCACUAGAUGCCAUUCUCCGCUCUCCUUGAACACCAUUGUUGGCUGUUGAAUGCGAAGCGAGGUGUUUUUCCUCCUCCUCCAAACCUGUAUUGAAGCCGUGUUCCAAUGAAAGCAGGUGGAAUUCCCCCAUCGACCAAUGGCGCUCUGCCCUCGCAACAAUCCUUUCGAAAAGGAUGUGUGGGCUCGGUUAUGGCGCUGGCGAGAAGUUGUUGGAAAUGGACAAGCCCAGGAAGCAGGAUUUUGGUACUACUACACCAGCCAAAGCUUAGGGCUGCCCGCUUGAAUGGGAACAAGUGAGCAGACCAUUCAUAUUGGGUCAAACGUACACCUUGGGAAGACACUUCGGCGACGUCGGAUUGAAGAUAAGUGAUUUCUACAAAAGUUCCUCUGUCAAAAGCGAGCACGCAUGAGAAAUAAGAAUGACCUCGGGCUAAAAAAGGCAUGGAUCGCAAGAGUUAGACUGAGUUCUGAUUCCUCUCGAGCUGUUUGUGUUUUAAACUGAGGAGAAAGACGUAAAACAGUCACCAUGCCUGCCAAAACAAAGUACAAUUUAGUCGAUGAUGGACACGAUUUGCGGAUUCCUUUACAUAACGAGGAAGCAUACCAACAUGGGAUUAAUUUCGAAGCAAAGUAUAUCGGUAGUCUGGAUGUGGCUCGACCCAACAGCCGUGUGGAGAUUGUUGCGGCCAUGAGGCGGAUAAGGUAUGAAUUUAAAGUGAAGAAUGUCAAAAAGAAGAAAGUCAACAUCAUUGUGUCUGUGGACGGAGUCAAAGUAGCACUGCGGAAAAAGAAAAAGAAAAAAGAAUGGACCUGGGAUGAAAGCAAGAUGAUGGUGAUGCAAGACCCAAUAUACAGGUGCGCAGCUUCAUAA